AUGCUCUCCCGCACCUUCCUCCUCGCCCUCGUCGGCGCCGCGUCCUUCGCGACCAUCAACGCGCAGUCCUGCAGCUCUAGCAACAAGAAAUGCUGCCAACAAAUCCAGGACUCCGAUAACCUUGAUGCCACCGCCCUGAGCUUGCUCAACCUCGUCGGUUUGGACGCUGAUGCCCUGACCGGCUCCAUCGGUCUGCAAUGCACCAAUGUCAUCGCCAAUACCUGCAGUGCGGAGGCUGCUUGCUGCACUGGCAACAACUAUGUAGAUAUUGGCAAGUACCGCAUCGAAAUGGGGAACACGGACGUUCACACGUACCUCUGUCCGCAGGAAAACACGGUGAUCAUCCAGCCUGAAGACGAGAUCACGCAUUUCGGGACUGCCAGCAAGGGGACGAAGACCAUGAAGCCUGCGCGGGGCGUUGUGUUGGCGGUUGGCAGGACAAAGGCCCUGGGUGACGGGGCGGGGCAAGCUAUGGAUGUGAGACUGGGGGAUUUGAUUAUCUAUACCAAGGGGAAGGGGAAGGAGGUGAGGGUUGAUAAUGAUGAGUAUUUGAUUCUUAAUCGGGAUGAGAUUUUGGCGGUUGCAGAUUGA